AUGGAUCCCUUUCUGCUAAAGGACCCUGCGGUGCCAUUCCGCUCGUCCACCGAUCACCUGCACCACACGUGGGCCAAGACCUUCUUCUCGCGCCCGGAGCUGUACAUCCGCCCUCAGACUAUCCCCGAGAUCCAGCAGCUGGUGACCCUCGCUCGUCGCUGUCGUCGUCGAAUUGUCACUGUGGGCAGUGGCCACUCGCCCUCCGAUCUUACCUGCACCUCCUCGUGGCUCGUCAACCUCGAUGACUUCAACCGCAUCCUGAAUGUCGACUCCGAAACCGGCUUGGUCACCGUCGAAGCGGGCAUCCGACUGAGUGAACUGGGCACACAGCUGGAAAAGCAUGGCUUAACACUCGCGAACUUGGGGAGCAUUGACAGCCAGUCCAUAGCGGGUGUCAUUGCGACGGGCACACAUGGCAGCUCCCUUCACCAUGGACUGCUGUCGGAAUGCAUUGAAUCGCUUGGCCUGGUACUUGCCAAUGGCCAGCUGGUCCGUUGCAGCCCGACAAACAACCCGGAUCUAUUCCGCGCCGGACUAGUCUCACUCGGAGCCCUCGGAAUUGUUGUCGAGGUCACCUUGAAGGCGACGCGAACAUUCAACAUUGCCUGGCGCCAGGAGCGGUAUUCGCUAUCUCGCGUGCUGAGUGAAUGGACCCAGGGGCUGUGGACAGAUCACGAGUUUGUGCGCGUGUGGUGGUUGCCAUAUGAGAAGGGUGCUAUUGUCUGGCGCGCUGAGAAGACCGACCUUCCUCUGCGUGCCCCCCCAAGAAACUUCUACGGAGAUUCACUCGGCUACCAUAUCUACCAUAACCUGCUUGCACUUUCUUCCUAUGUCCCGCGCAUUUUGCCCUGGGUCGAAUGGUUCGUCUUUGGCAUGCAAUAUGGAUUCCGACCUGGCUCGACUGUGACUGAGGCCGUUGAGCCCGCACGUUCAGGACUGUUGAUGAACUGUCUGUUUUCACAGUUCGUGAACGAGUGGGCUCUUCCUCUGGACAAAGGACCUGAAGCCAUCCUUCGCCUUUCGGCUUGGUUGAACGGCGAUUUGAAAACCGCCCAAAUCCCAUUCUCUCCCAAGGGACUGUGGGUGCACUGCCCAGUCGAGGUACGGGUCUCGGACUCAUCACUAAACACGAAACCCCGUCCCUUUCUGGACCCGACUUCUCGCGAUGGACCCACGCUGUACUUGAACGCGACUCUCUACCGGCCCUACCUCCGCGACCCGCCUUGCAGAGAACGAUACUAUGAAGCAUUCGAAUGGCUCAUGCGGGACAUGGGCGCCAAACCUCACUGGGCGAAGAACUUCCGCACUCUAGGCCCCUCCGAGUUGGGCAACGCGUACCGCGAAGACAUGGACUCGUGGUUGAAGGUCCGGCAAGAAGUCGACCCGGACGGCAUGUUUCUGGGCGAAUGGCAUCGCCGCAAUUUACCCCUGACUGAAGCAUCUGACUCAGACGAGCGGCUGCCCCUCCUGGAGCGCGAGCAGGAGCGUCGCAAAUUGAAUAUCAGUGGCGUCGGUGAUGGUAUAGAAUGGGUAGGUGAUCGCCGGGGGCAGGUCGAGUCGGACCACCCGACGGAGAUGACAUAUGACUUCCCAGAGUCCUCUAGUCCCACGGCCAGCGAGGAAAGCUUUGAUUUGCUUGCAAAGGGGGAAGCGAGCAUCUUACUCCCCGGGCCCGAGAUGAGCAAUUAG